CAUCUUCAUGCGUUUGCCAUAGAUUUCCACCUUCGAUAAUGUCGGUUCCCCAAAGACACCAUCACGGUCCGCAUCCCGCACCAAUAAACACCCGGCCUUCUCCCUCACACUCUGUAUCGAUUCCGUCGUCGACACCGCCUCCCACUUCUGUAACAAAUCCCUCACCUCCACGGUCAGUUGCCCCAACCUCUCAGCCACCGUCCUCAGCACAGUCAAAACCAGCAGACGCACCAACAAGCGCAACUAUCGCGUCCUUUGGAGACUCCAGCACCAAGUCCGGGGGUGGGGAAGACUUAGCCGAUGAAGAGCUGUAUCCCACCGAGAACUUCAAUAUGGUGACGAAAGGAGUGUACCGGAGCGCUUUUCCAAAGAAAAAGAAUUUCUCUUUUUUGAAGAAGCUUGGGUUGAAGUCUAUAUUAACACUUAUCCUUGAAGAAUAUCCCGAUCAGAAUAAAAAGUUUAUGGAAGAGAAUAAGAUAAAAUUAUUUCAAUUCGGCGUGGCGGGCAAUAAGGAACCCUUUGUAGAUAUACCAGAAGACACAAUAUGUGCUGCAUUAUCGGUGAUACUGGACCGACGAAAUCAUCCAUGUGCGGGUCGCCUCAUGGGAUGCCUCCGUUGUUGAGCGACACGCACGAUCCUUUGCUUACAUUGUCUUCCCCCUUCUUCUCUAUAUUUGCGUGGUAAUCACAGUACUCAUCCACUGCAACAAAGGAAAGCACCGAACUGGUUGUCUUGUAGGCUGCCUCCGCAAACUACAACACUGGUCCCAUACUUCCAUAUUUGAUGAAUAUCGUCGGUUUUCACAUCCGAAGUCCCGAUCAAUGGAUCAACAGUUUAUUGAGUUAUUUGAUGCAACCAGGGUCCCUUUUGACUCAGACUGGCUGCCCGACUGGCCUGAGAUUGAGGGAAUGGCGGCUAGUGCGAGGGCAUCAACAAACAAUGAUGAGUCAAGCGUCACCAGGUGAAGGACGUCUCCGAGGUGCGGUACAAUAAUAAAGCGUGCCAUGUAAUGCUCUUUUAUUUGAUAAUAUGUACAAAGAAAACACACGUAUUAGAAUCCGCCGUGUAAAGCUAAUCGCAAGGAAGAUAUUCCAUGCAAAGAACCACAAGAAUCAUACACUUUCUACCCGUCAUUGUGAUACGGUUGACCUGUUUCUACGCAACAACUUCCGCCGUGAUAUCCGCCAACUCUAGCCCUGCUCUCGAAUAAGCAGACGAGGGCCGAAGUUCUUCGCCUCCUUCCGUCCCUCUCCUAGGACUGUAAUGACCUUUUCCGAUGCUCCGGGAAUCGACUCCAUCUUGGAAAACGCGCAAGCGACUGCGGACCAAAACAAGCUGACGCAGGAGGAGG